AUGCAGCAACAGCCAUGGAACUCUAGCUAUGAGUACAGACCAUUUGCUCCCGUGCGUCUCUUGCAUGUCUUCCGGCAUUCGGACGAUUCCAUACGUGGGACGUUGCAAAAUUUCUCGCUUGAUUCCUUAGACUGUCCGCAGUUCACCUCUAUAUCAUACGUUUGGGGGCCACAAGUAUACAGCCACGCUAUUUUAGUGGAUGGCCACUAUUUUCCCGUGCUUGACAGCGUCUAUUCGAUACUAGAAGCGCUAUGCGACUCAUCAGCUUUUCAAGAUGAAUAUUGGGUAUGGAUUGAUUCAAUAUGCAUCAAUCUACGAGAUCCUCAGGAGCGAGCAUCACAGGUCUUGUUGAUGAAGCAAAUCUAUUCGCGAUCGAAGCAUACCAUUGCAUGGUUGGGCGAAAAGAGUGCGGAGCUCGAGGAAGGCAUUGCUUUCAUGGCUCAUCUUGCCAAUAGCUACUCAGACAUACUGGAAUUCAAUCAAACCAGGAAUUCACGGGAAGUCCCUGAACGUCUAUGGCUCCCUGACAAAUGGAGGGCGUUGGGGGUAUUUCUCGACCUACCAUGGUGGAAGAGGAUAUGGACAUUACAAGAAUACGUCAGCUCCAGAACCAUCGACCUGUACUGCGGAAGUGAUCAUGUCUCUGAGGACAUUCUAAUGACCGCUCUGACGGCCAUAUGGCAUUGCGAACCGAGCAGCUUGCUCCUCCGACCUGACGUGUGGACCCCCGCUUGGACCCGGGAUCGACUUCGUUCUUGGUACCAGGCGAAAGUCUAUUCUGAAAACAUGAGUAUCGUGGCCCUAAUGGCCUACUCUGGCGCUUGUGAAUUGACUGAUCCGAGAGAUCGCAUCUAUGGGCUUCUCGGUUUGGCCAAAGAGUCGGACCGCGCCAUGAUCGGCAGACCAGCCUAUGCCGAUGAUGUCGGGGACAUUUAUCUUCGGCUUGUGGAAUCCUUCAUCAGCACAUAUCAGAGUAUAGACAUUAUAUGUUUCGCUCAGAUAUUCCGUGCCGUGCAAUCUGCCGAAGCCAAUGAAGAAUGUCUAGAUCACCAGUGGCCAUCUUGGCUUCCUGAUUGGCGCGUACGUGUCGUACCCUUUGUCACUCCUCUGAUGGUCAGUCAAACCUCGGGCCGACAUAUUGGCAAUUUUCGACCUCCCAUGUCGUCUUUUGACUGGGAAGUGGAUUCAGCAGCAAUACCGUACCGUGCACAUGCCGACAUGGCUGGUUUAGUAGACAUUGAUUAUCAAACAAGGCAUCUCAAGUGCCAAGGCUUUUUCGUUGACCUUGUUGAUGGCCUCGGCGGCGCGUUGGAGUCUCCUGACCAUUCGUCUACGCAAUCUGCAUCUCCUCUUGUCCAGUCCACGUCAGUCUGGAAUACACAGAGCCAAAAGCAGGACAUUAAUCCUCUGGAAUUCAUCACCGACCUGGUCCGCACUUUGACCUUGGACCGCGAAGACCGGUAUCUCAUGUUCCCCGCAGCUGCAGAUGACUUUCGGAACGAGUUUCUCAAUCUUGUGCAUAUCUCGCAGACGGACAGGAGAGAGCUUUUGCCUGCACGAUGCAAAUCAGCUUGUGCUUGGUAUGACGCCAACAAAAGCUUGUUGCUACAGGGUCAUACGCUCGAGGAAAUUUGUCUCGAGUCGUCGUCGUCUCCGAUGUUUGCGGCAAGCUUGGAUGCCGUUGGCGCGGACGAAGCGAGCUUUGCCUCCCGGCUCAUUGAUUGCACCUCCCCCAUUACGAUGCAACGAAAGCUUCUCGUCACUGCUAGUGGACUCAUUGGUAUGGCUCCGCCUCACGCGAGGAAAGGCGACAUAGUUUGUGUUCUGCUGGGCUGUAGCGUCCCCGUCAUGCUGAGAGAACUUCGCGCGGAUCAGCAAUUCGCGUAUUCGUUUGUUGGAGAAUGCUACAUACAUGGCAUCAUGGACGGAGAGGUUGCAGAUUGGGGGAGAGAGCUGCGUGACCUUACCAUUAUCUAG